UACUGUCAUCAAAUAAAAAGAAAUAAAAAAGCCGAAGCAGAUAUCGUUCUCCUCCCCGCGCACCCACGAUUUCCGCUAUAAAGCCCGGUCUCCGAUCCCCGAUGCCUUCUCGCCCCGCCCCGUUCAUCCACCGCCUCCGCCUCCUGAGAAGCGCCGUCGUCUCUCCCUCCUCCGCGCCGCUGCCGUGCAGCCGCCCGCGCCUCGCCGUCCCGUUCUCGCAGCCGCCGAUCCGCGCCCCCGCCUUCGCCGCCGCUGCCUCGCCGCUGCUCCGCCCGGUCGGCGCCCGAUUCUCGCUGUCCAGCAACAUGGCCGCCGCCGCCUCCUCCGCCUCCUCCGUCCACGACUUCACCGUCAAGGAUGCAAGUGGAAAAGAUGUCGAUCUGAGCACCUACAAGGGGAAGGUUCUCCUCAUUGUCAAUGUUGCAUCCCAGUGUGGAUUGACCAAUUCCAACUAUACGGAACUCGCUCAGUUGUAUGAGAAGUACAAGGACCAGGGUUUUGAGAUCCUUGCUUUCCCAUGCAACCAGUUUGGUGGGCAGGAACCUGGCACUAAUGAGGAAAUUGUUCAGUUUGCUUGCACUCGCUUCAAGGCCGAGUAUCCAAUUUUUGACAAGGUUGAUGUCAAUGGUGACAAUGUUGCACCUGUCUACAAGUUUCUGAAGUCAAGCAAAGGCAGUCUCUUCGGGGACAACAUCAAAUGGAACUUCUCCAAGUUCUUGGUUGACAAGGAUGGGAAUGUUGUGGAUCGCUACGCGCCGACCACCUCCCCCCUCAGCAUCGAGAAGGACAUCAAGAAGUUGCUCGCGAGUUCUUAAAUCUUUAUGCUGGAUCAACUCGACGCAUCGGUACACCUGAAGCUUCAAUAAUGUUGUAAUAAGGGUCGUGCUCGGAACUGGCUAUGUUAUGCGUGCUCAGCAGCCUCCGAUACCUUGCGCAUUCCAAUCUCGUAUUGCCCGUCUCGUAGUAUAUAUGACAUGUAAUGGAUUUGGUGGAAUGCAUUACUUCUGUUGCAGAGAUAUCUCCUCUAUCUGUGUCUUUAUUGUUGUUGUGAGAUUCAUGUUCCUGAGGAACAAGUUUGGAAUGUGAUGCAUGCCUGUUGUUCGUGGCUCU